UGUUUCUGCCUGAUUACCUAAUUAAUUCAUAGAUCCACCUUAAAAACAGGGUAAUCCCGGGCUGGUCCCUCCCUCUCUCGCGGUCUCCAGCACCAGUUCACUUCCCUCUCUUCAGUUUCCCCAGCUCGCCAGGAAAAGACGCUGACCCGGACUUUGGGUCUUUUCUCUGGUCCCCGUUUGAAUGUGUCGGACCCCUCCAGUCCCACCCACCGCUCUGCAACACAAACACACCACCAGUCCGCACUUAUUGGAUGUGCUCUUUGUUACCAGAGCCUUUACCCUCCUCUGCUUUUAUUCCAGGAGAAAGAAAGGGGAGUUUAUUUCUUCCUUUUACCGGAUUGAUCUCUGACUGAAUCUGGAUUGUUUUCCUUCCUCUGGGGUGGCUGCCGCUGCAGGACCACAGCUGAUGCUCCCACCGAUGUAAUUACUGUCAAAGAAACUGGUUUAAACGUCGGAACAAAGGGACGCUGAAGAUCUUUUCCCCCCACCCGGUCUGUCAAUCAUUUUUCACCACUGCAGUUGUCAAGUUGGAUCCCUGCUGGGAAAUGGACAAACCCCUCUAAACUGAAGACGCUGCUCUGCCUCACCAACACAACCACAGGACGUGAUUUGGACAAGGAUCCCCGAGUGGAGGAGCAACAAGAACAUGUUUACUCCCCUGUUUCCAUGGUAAGAGGGAAGAGCAUGCAGGUCCGGGUCAGGAGUUAACCUCAGCUUUCAUCUCCUCCGCCUGCCUCCUGUGAGAACUACACUACCCACGAUUCCUGUGAACUGACGACCCAGCGCGACGUGUUGGUCAGUUUGAGAAAAGACACUCAGAGGAACAAAAACUACAACAACACAACGACAACACUGCUGUGAAGAGGACCAACAUGGCCAACAACACAGCGGACCACCCUCCGGGGAAUUCGGUUGCAGAGGGCAACCAUGACGGGGACUUUGGGAUAACCAUGACGGAUCUGAGGAGCGUGAUGGAGCUGCGGAGCUCGGAGGCCGUCAACAAGAUACAAGACACCUACGGAGACGUCCAGGGCAUCUGCCGCCGCCUGAAAACAUCUCCUAUAGAAGGUCUGUCCGGUAACCCUGUCGAUUUGGAGAAACGUCACACGGCGUUCGGCAAGAACUUCAUCCCCCCCAAGAAGCCCAAGACGUUCCUGCAGCUGGUGUGGGAGGCUCUGCAGGAUGUUACACUCAUUAUCCUGGAAAUCGCUGCCAUCAUCUCGCUGGGCCUUUCCUUCUACCAUCCACCAGGGGGCGACAGUGAAGCAUGUGGCGAGACUGCAAGCGGUGUGGAGGACGAGGGCGAGGCUCAGGCUGGCUGGAUCGAGGGCGCCGCUAUCCUUUUCUCGGUCAUCAUCGUUGUCCUGGUGACGGCCUUCAACGACUGGUCCAAGGAGAAGCAGUUCCGCGGGCUGCAGAGUCGCAUCGAGCAGGAGCAAAAGUUCACCGUCAUCCGCAAAGGCCAGGUCAUCCAGAUCCCUGUGGCCGAGAUCGUGGUGGGAGACAUCGCUCAGAUCAAAUACGGAGACCUGCUGCCUGCUGACGGGAUCUUGAUCCAAGGCAAUGACCUGAAGAUUGAUGAAAGCUCUCUGACUGGAGAGUCUGAUCAGGUCCGAAAGUCUUUGGAGAAGGACCCCAUGCUGCUGUCCGGGACCCAUGUAAUGGAGGGAUCAGGCAGGAUGGUGGUGUCAGCCGUCGGCCUAAACUCUCAGACUGGCAUCAUCUUUACUCUGCUGGGCGCUGGCGAGAACGACGAAGAGAAGAAGGUCAAGAAAAGUAAAAAACAAGGACCCCCCGAAAAUCGCAACAAAGCCAAAACCCAGGACGGCAUCGCCCUGGAGAUCCAGCCGCUGAAGAGCGAGGAGGCCGCCGAGUCGGAGGAGAAGGAGGAGAAAGAGGAGGCCAAACCGGUGAAGAAGGUCAACGUGACCAAGAAGGAGAAGUCAGUGCUGCAGGGCAAACUGACCAGACUGGCUGUACAGAUCGGGAAAGCUGGUCUGAUCAUGUCGGCUGUGACCGUCAUCAUCCUCAUCCUCUACUUUGUGAUCAACACCUUUGGGAUCCAGGGCCGGGCCUGGGUGGCCGAGUGCACCCCCAUCUACAUCCAGUACUUUGUCAAGUUCUUCAUUAUCGGUGUGACCGUGCUGGUGGUGGCUGUUCCUGAGGGGCUGCCGCUCGCUGUCACCAUCUCUCUGGCUUAUUCUGUUAAGAAAAUGAUGAAGGACAACAACCUGGUGCGUCACUUGGAUGCCUGUGAGACCAUGGGCAACGCCACGGCAAUCUGCUCAGACAAGACAGGAACGUUGACAAUGAACCGCAUGACAGUGGUGCAGGCGUACAUCGGCGACACGCACUACAAAACAGUCCCUGAACCUGAUGUCAUCAAACCAGAGACUCUGGAAGUUAUGGUCAACAGCAUCUCCAUCAACUCAGCGUACACCACCAAGAUCCUGCCACCAGAGAAAGAAGGCGGCCUGCCCCGCCAUGUGGGCAACAAGACCGAGUGCGCUCUGCUGGGCCUGGUGCUGGAGCUGAAGAGGGACUACCAGCCAAUCAGAGAGGAGAUCCCCGAAGAGAAACUCUACAAGGUCUACACCUUCAACUCCUCCCGCAAGUCCAUGAGCACGGUGCUGAAGAAUGCUGAUGGAGGUUAUCGCAUGUACAGUAAAGGAGCAUCAGAGAUCGUCCUGAGGAAAUGUUCUCGUAUCUUGGACGCCCAGGGUCAGCCCCGCAUCUUCAAGCCAAAGGACCGUGACGAGAUGGUGCGCAAGGUGAUUGAGCCGAUGGCGUGCGACGGGCUCAGGACCAUCUGCGUGGCUUUCAGGGACUUCCCCGCUGAAGCUGGAGAGCCGAACUGGGACAACGAGAAUGAAAUCCUGAACGACCUCACCUGCAUCGUCGUGGUCGGCAUCGAGGACCCCGUCAGACCUGAGGUACCUGAGGCUAUUGCUAAGUGCCAGCGCGCAGGCAUCACUGUACGCAUGGUCACCGGAGACAACAUCAACACCGCCCGUGCCAUCGCAACCAAGUGUGGCAUCCUGCUGCCUGGGGAGGACUUCCUGUGUCUGGAGGGCAAAGAGUUCAACCAGCAGAUCAGAAACGACCAGGGAGAGGUGGAACAAGAACGUCUGGACAAAGUUUGGCCCAAACUGCGCGUUCUGGCUCGUUCCUCGCCGACAGACAAACACACUCUGGUCAAAGGAAUCAUCGACAGCACAGUGGGUGAGACCCGACAGGUGGUGGCAGUGACAGGAGACGGUACCAACGACGGCCCCGCCCUCAAGAAAGCUGAUGUUGGCUUUGCCAUGGGAAUCGCCGGCACAGAUGUGGCAAAGGAGGCUUCUGACAUCAUCCUGACUGACGACAACUUCACCAGCAUCGUCAAGGCCGUCAUGUGGGGAAGAAACGUCUACGACAGCAUCUCGAAGUUCCUGCAGUUCCAGCUGACUGUCAACGUGGUGGCCGUGAUCGUGGCUUUCACCGGUGCCUGCAUCACACAGGACUCCCCUCUGAAGGCCGUGCAGAUGCUCUGGGUCAAUCUCAUCAUGGACACUCUGGCUUCUCUCGCUCUGGCCACCGAGCCGCCCACCGAGUCUCUGCUGCUACGUAAACCAUACGGCCGUGACAAGCCUCUUAUCUCCAGGACCAUGAUGAAGAACAUCCUGGGUCAUGCCGUGUACCAGCUCGUCAUUAUCUUCACCCUACUCUUCGCUGGCGAGACAUUUUUUGACAUCGAUAGCGGACGCAACGCCCCCCUGCACUCGCCACCAUCAGAGCACUACACCAUCGUGUUCAACGUGUUUGUCAUGAUGCAGCUUUUCAACGAAAUCAACGCCAGGAAGAUCCACGGAGAGAGGAAUGUGUUUGAGGGCGUCUACAGGAACCCCAUCUUCUGCAGCGUCGUACUGGGCACCUUCGCCCUGCAGAUCAUCAUCGUUCAGUUUGGAGGAAAGCCAUUCUCCUGCACGGCUCUGACCAUCGACCAGUGGCUGUGGUGCGUGUUCAUCGGCGUGGGAGAGCUGCUGUGGGGACAGCUGAUCUCGGCCAUCCCUACUCACCACCUGAAGUUCCUGAAGGAGGCCGGUCAUGGCAUCACAAAGGAGGAGAUCCACGAGGAGGAGCUGACGGAGGGCGCUGACGAGAUCGACCACGCCGAGAUGGAGCUGAGGAGAGGCCAGAUCCUCUGGUUCAGAGGUCUGAACCGCAUCCAGACACAGAUGGAUGUGGUCUAUACCUUCCAGACGGGCCAGGCGGCGGUGCCCGGUGCCCUGCGCCGCCAGCCGUCUGUCGUCAGCCAGCACAAUGACAUUAAGGUGGUGAACGCGUUCCGUAGCUCCCUGUACGCGGGGCUGGAGAGCCCAGAGUCCCGUAGCUCCAUCCACAGCUUCAUGGCCCAUCCUGAGUUCGUCCCCCAGUCCGAGGAGGAGGCUCGCAUCCCCACCAUCGAGGAGAAUGGAGACGAGAUCGACCCCCUUCCCAGCGCCUCCUCUGGGGCGGGGGGAGGAGGAGAGCCACCCAGCGCCUUCCCCCAGAGCUGCGAGUCAUCCAUCUGAGCUCCUCCUCCCUCCUCCUCCUCCACCUCCUCCUCCUCCCUCCUCUUUAUCAGCAUCAUCUGUCAUCCCACCAACUGAACUGUCGCACUGAGGAGGGAAGUCACUCUGCAUCCCCUCAUCCUGCACACACACAUGCUUCACGUCGUCGUCACCCCCCUCUGUCAUUCCUGCCACGUUGUGUUUUUCAUACUGACUGUGGCGUCGUUCUGCCUGUAAGUUUGUCCCUCCACCACCACCACCACCACCACACACGUGUAUCAGUAGAGGGUGGAGUCCAGAGUCCCCACUGUGGAAGGCCUGUCUUUGUCCAUUCAUGUAUAUUUUUUACUUGAUGCUCUUUUUUUUUUUUUUGAAAAGCUUUUAAACUAUGUUGGGUUCAAUCUUUGCGGGACUCGCAGCAGCAUGUCGUGUUCUGUACUUGCUUCAUUCCUGCAUAACGCUCUCUCAAAAACGGCACAGAACUUUUCAAAGAGUGCAGUGAUUCUCAUGUACAUACGCUUCCCGCUCCUCUACACAGCUAACAGCCGGGUUUGGUGAUCAGAAGAUUUUUAGGCAAAUGCAAAAAUGUAACCUUUUAUUUUGUUUGUUUGUUUUUAAAACCUCUAAAGAAUGUUAAUUGAAGGCUAAUUCAAACUCCUGAUAAUGUCUUGUGACUGUGACACGACAGUCGUCAAGGUUCAACUGUUAAAAAAAUGUUCUUCCCUUUAUCGUGUCUGUAUGCGUUGGUUUUUCUUUAGCAGCUGUGUUGCAUGUGGAAGGACAGAAUGUUUACUCUUCAACAAAUAAUCCAACAUGGCGGCGUCCAGAGAGAGCUCGCUCUCUGCUCAGUGGGGGUCCAACCUCAUCUCAUCCAGUCAGGGUUCUGGUUCUCUCUGCCCCUCCCCAAGUACGUCCACAUCGUCGAUAGGAAACAGGAGUGUGGUUCAUGUUUCCCCUCCAGUAGGAUGCAUGUUAUGUUUCAUUCGUGUUGUCGCAUGAUAAUUUAGGAAUGAAUAUUUGAGAUUCUGUUUAGACAACCACAUAUGUGUUAGUCUGCAGCAGCGUCUGUUCACGGUUCCACUAACUUCCUGUCUGUAGGACUGAACUUCCUGUUACCACAACAGACUCAUCAGUAAUCAUGUAAAGGAAACAGCAUCAGUGCAGUUCAGGCCCUGAGAUACCCCUCUGAACUACAGUGGGUGUCUUCAUAAUCUGCGUACAGGCCGUGUGGCCCUAAAUCUUGUUCCUUGUGAAUGUGAUCUACCCGCACACACUCGUGCAGGGUUGCAAAGGGCUGGAACACAUCCCAGCUCACAUUGGGCAAAAGGCAGGUACUCCCCAGUUGGCCAGUGGUGCCUUUCUUGCUGUUUUCACAGCAGAGGUAGCGCUGAUAAAAUUAGCCACAGCAUACACCGAAGGGCUUGAUUGCCAACAACAAGAAAGGACACAGCCUUGCCUGAAACCUUGAAUCUUUGUGCUGCCCCUGCACUUGUCCUCUGCAGCGUCACUGACUCACCGUGUGGUCAGAACCAGUCCACUCCGGCUCUCCUUUCAUUUUAACAACACGUGCACAGAGCUCAAUGUUGGUUUCGGCUCAUUUAUGUGAACAAUAAACAGAAACGAGAACACUUCGCAGAUGAUGGUUAUCAUUCAUUCCCCAUCAUGCUAUCAAAUGUCAACUUUUCUUGCGUUCUUAUCUCUUUCCUACCCCUUGACAGACUCAUGUUAGAUAAGACCCGCCCUCUUGAUAUAUUGCGACCAAUCAGAAAUGACAGCCUGUGACCAUGACACUGUGAGGAGACCCCCGCUAGACACUGCCCCACUGUGCCGUCCUCGCAGAUGACCAAAUGUAAGUCAGGUGGACUGUCGACAGCCAACCUGAAAGUGUAAAUUGGGUUAGAAAUGACCAAACAUUAAGCUCACAUCUUUCAGGUUUGGACUUUCCAAACUGGACACAACUGCCACAGGAUGACAAGUACUCAUGUCUACGUCCAUUUUUUUAAAUUUAGAUCUGGGUUGCAGUGGCACCAGGCUAAAGCUCCUUUUACAAUGCCUGUUCAAGGCAGGAAUGUCAUGCCAUUUUUCGUCUCCCUGAUCUGCAUGAUACGCACAACAGCAGAAUGGGGUGGCAGCAGAGGUUGUAACAGCGUAGAAUCUACAUCUGUGGAAAAGGGAGAGCCAGCAGGGCGGGACAGGUGUGACAUUUUGCCAACGUGUUAUGUGUGCAACCCACUGCCGAGAGAUUAAAGCAGCUUGAAGCAGUUAGCAGCUAACUCAAAGAAGAAGAAUAGCGACCAAAAAUGUCCACAAACAGGGCAGACAAUGAGGUCAAGGAGCUCCUUACCUUCAAGAGGAUGGGAUCAGCAAAUGAGCGGCAAAUGAUUAUUAAUUCCUAUGUUAUUGUUUAUUGAGUGCUGCCCUGUGGGAAUAUGUUAUGCAGAUGCUGUUGUGUUACAUGUCAUGCCCAUCACGUCACUUUUGCUUCUGGAACGCCAACAUACUAUCUCAAAUCACACACUGGGAUGGCAUUAUACCUGCCUCAUUUUGUUCUGAUAAAAAAAAUUCAAACUGUUGUAAUGGUGGGUCUUUGUUGCGGUCGUACCGCCGAAUCUCUGUGGAAAAAGGGCUUAAGAAAGGUCGCCCCAGCUUAUCUCGUCUUCUCCCCAGACACAUCCUCAAGCUCUUCCUGGUGGCUGCCCAGGUGUUCCCAGGGCCGAUCCGAUGUAUAAUCCCUGCAGUGUGUUCUGGGUCUGUCAGUAGGCAUUCUGAUAGGAUGGUAAACCAUCUCAGCCAAUGUCUUUUAAGCCAGAGCUCAUGACCACAGACGAGGGUUUGAAUGCCGAUUGAAAGCCUUUCUCUUGGUUCGCAGAACGACUCUAGUAUCAAUGAGUCUGCUUUGGGUUACAGUGCAGGAAGUCCAGUUCCAGCAGACAGGAAGUUGAUGGAUCUCUGAACAGGGUCUGGACCGUCUGUCUGUGUUUAAGACAAAUCUUAGUACCACUUCUGAUGUUUUCAUUCCCUCGUUUGAAACUAAAUCAGCCGUCAGUGACAUCACACGACCGGCAGCAGAGGAGGUGUUUGAUUUUCAUCACCUCUCUCCGCUCUGCUGUGUUUCGAUUGACAGGCGUCAGUGUGGCGGCCACGCUGAGGUUCACAGGAGACUAAUGAUGUCACCAGUCAACCUGUAGACUUAAAUCCACUGUGUGUCCCCGCUGCCGCUCAGUACUUGCUGCCCACCGUUGUCCGCAGAUUACUGUCUUAAAAGAAGAAGGAAUCAUCUUCCAAUCAGAAGCAGCGAUGCGAGUAAUCCCCUCUUAGUCUGACUAGCAGCCAUCAACCUAUCUAUGAACUAGGACACGUUAUUGAAGUAAUGUGCUACUACUGCCAUAUUUCCAACUUUUUGUCAUGACUAGGUUCUUCCUCUCCCCACUGAUGAGCUUUUUCUAUGUAACUCAGAGCCAUAUUUUAUAGGUUGUCUGUAUUGUUUUUUAUCUCAUUGUUAUCGAGGUUUCCUUUGGACUUUCUCACCCCUUGACCCCACCCCCAACCCCGACCCCGACCCCCAUCCUCCCCCUCCUCCCCUGGCCCUUUACUCCAAACACGACCAAAAAGCAAGGAGAAAAUCUUCAGUCGUCACUGCCGAACCAAGUUUAAAGGACCUCUACAAUGUUUACAUGAAAAGCAAGUGGGUGGCAGUUCGCCUGCGCUUCUCUCAUCCGACCACUUCCCUUUCAUUCCCUUGCUUUCCUGAAUCUUAGAGUUACUAUUUAACUAAAUGGGGAAUCUUUCUUGCAUGGUUUUCAUAUAAAAUUCAAUGUUUUGCUCAUUUUUUACAAUUCUUCUGUAUUUUUAUAUUAAGUACUUUUUAAUAUUUUGGAGAUAUAUGAAUAUAUAUGUAUAGGCUGAAGAGUUUGGUGACAGUACAGUACAUGAAUGAGAUGAAUCUAACGUGGACUCUGUCUUUUUACAGCUCUCUAAAUAUUUAUGCCACGUGUGUCGUCUUGGUCACCUGAUGUUAGGGCUCAGAAACCUGCAGUGACUUGUUUACUUCCUGUCGGCCGUUCAAUUGGAAUCUCAACAGUCGAGUCUCAUCAGCCCCCCUUUUACAUGAGUAUAUUCACUUUAUCUAAGAUGUUGUGACACACUACACGCUAUGUGAUUUCGCAGUUAUCCAACUCCAUUAGAGUUCAGCCAAUGCAACGUGAAUACAGCUAACUGUAUCAAACAUUAAAUGGGAGUGUAUAAUUAUUUAUCCAACCUCUGGGUUUCUUUGUUUCUGUACUUUGAAGCUACUAUGACUGAUUUCUUUGAAUGAGUGGACUGAUGCUGUUUUCCAACUAACUGGUGUCGGAGCUGACGACUUUAAAGAGGAUCACAGCUGUGUCCCGCUUCAGGUUUCACCUCCUUUGAAGGGGGCGUGGCCUAUGACGGCGUGUCUCAUCCAAAACUAGCUGCAACCCCCUAAUACGGACCAAAACUUGAGAACGUAUCCUAAGGACCAAAGCAGAGCCGACCCGAAUCAUAGAACAAACCAAUGAGUCGCUUUGAGCCCCCGUGCCUCGAGGUCGUUGAAGUGGACCCAUGGGGAAAAAAACUAUCUAAACCCAACAUGCAUCUUUUUUUCUUUUAUUUUUUUAUUUAAAAUAUCUUAGUCCCAUAGGAAGUCUAUGGCCUCUGAUCCAAAAGGGGACUCAAGGUCAGUUAGACCGCCAAAGAUGAAUUGACCCGCUCCAAAACGUGAUCUGAGACCUGGAUAAUACACUAAGACCCUACACGACCCAAUUAGACUAAAUAUGAUUUGAACCAGCUUGACAUUGUGUCAGGUCCCAGUUGCCAGAAACCGAUUGGACCCAUUAAAACCAAAUGUUCCCAAACAAAUCUGUCUUUGAGUUUCUCUGUUAAUGUCAUUUCAGUAUUGAAGGAUAUGUCCACCCAUUGUUACCAGUCAUUUAGAGCAAUGGUUGUCAAACUAACUUCUUUAAAGUUUCGGGUUUCCAUGAUAAAAUCAUGGAGUGUUUUCAAAUUUGAUAUUUGCACGUACCACAAAGACUUUUCGAACACUUUUUGUACUUUUUAAAUUUUCUUUCACUGAUUUGAUCGUCAUAAAUUGUAGUUGCUGUACAUGUUUGCGUACUGGGGGGUGAGGGGACCGUUUAAUAACGACUAAGGCCCCAAAAAGGCUCGGGCCGGCCCUGAACCACAUGUGUCAUCUAAAUUCAGGCCAAAGAAGGAGAGGACGCCACAUUUUUUUUAUUUGGUUGUGAAAUUCACACAUUUAAGGAGGCAUAGCCUGUGACGGGACACAGCUGCACCUGUAGAUGUCAUCGCCAUUUUAUACAACUGACAAACUUCAGAAACAUUUCCCGGGAAGAGAGCAGGACUGUUAAAGCGCUCGUGACAUCACUUCCUCUUCCUGCCGUGCGUCCGUUGGCUAUGAACGAGACGCACCUUUCCAAACGAUGACAUGUUUUCCUCUUUGUUUUUGUUCAACUGCUGAAUCUGACAGAACACCUGUACAAUGUAAAUAUUGUCAUAUAAGUGAAUGAAGCAUACCUGCUGUCUGUGUCGGUGACAGGAAAUGGGAGAGGGGGCAAUCAGCCAAUCAUCACCCAGCAAAGCUUUAAGGAUGCUCUGCCAAAGUCGUUUUCUCUGUUUCUUUUCGUCUUCUGCACAAGUUUGUUUUUAGAAAGUUUGCAGUCACAUGACCCCUCCCUCCCUCCGCCCACCCCCGUCCCUCCCUGCUGCCUGGAUAAGAUUGUCCCUCUGCUUUUGCCACGGCCUCUCUGUGGCUGUGGCGGUCGUCUGUUGGACUGGUUGGACUGGUUGCCCUCACAUCUCAUGCCAGGUGCACCGUGCAGCCCCGCCAUCAGAGACGCUCCAGACCUGUUUGUGCUUCUGGUUUUUCCGAGACUCAGCAGCAGACUGAAAAUAUUCACCUGAUUUUAGUUCUCUGAAGGUUCUUUUUUUUUUUUUUGUUUUCGGAGUUCAGAAGAUCUCAGUUUUCCAAUAGGACUUCUGUAUGGAAAAGGAACUCGCUUCUUAAUCCAGUCAUUGUUGCAUUUUGACUGCUUCCUCUUCAGAGCACUGCCUUUUCUCAGAACAGCUUCCUGUUGUCGGAUCUUAAGGAAUUCUUUGGAGAACCUUCAUGUCCACUUCAGCAUUCACAAACAAAAAAAUGGUUCAAACGAACUGGAAUAUCACAGUUGGAAAAGUCAUAACCACUCAACAUAUAUACCUAUAUAUUUAUAUAUUAUCUCUAUAUAUUUAUAUCUAGUACAUAUAUGUGUGUGUAUAUAUAUAUAUAUAUAUAUAUAUAUAUAUAUAUAUAUUAGAUAUAAGUACGUAGAAAUAUAUAUAUGUAUAUGGUUUCUCAGUUGAACUUUAUUGCAAAAAAGACUGAAAAAGAUUUGUUUUCUGUAAUUACUAUGAUACACAGUAAUAGGCGUUGGUGUUAUUUUUGUAUAAACAUAAUAUCAUCUAUGUGGCAUGCAUGACAUAUAUACAAAAUUUGGUGGUUUAAAGCAAUAUGUCCAACCUGGUGCGAUUGGUUCUGUCGUGUUCUGUGUAGCCUAAAGCCACUCUGUGCGAAAAGAGAUAAAAAAAAAAUCAACAAAAAAAAACAAAAAGAAACUGCAUUUGGAUAAAAGUAACUGUUCAGUAUAUGUGUUCAAUGUUCUGUGUUCUGCAUGUUUUAGUAUGGAAUGAAACAUCCCAAAAUGUUGACUUGUUUUUACCAAAUGAAUCUCAAAUACACGCCCCAAACACAUGCAGCAUUACACAGAGACAAACACACACACACACUCAUGUAUUUGCACUGUGAGGUGAAACACACUGAGGAAAUUAAAACUGUGUGACUUCUGAUGGAUGGAUUGAUGAAAGAUUAAGAUUCUUCUUUUCUUUUUCUUUUUUUGUUCCCAUCGUCUCAUUUUUAUCCAGAAACAAAAUAACUUAGCAGAUCUGUCCGACCGCCCACCUCUCACCUGUUUCAUCCUCCCGUCCCAACACACGCAUACACAUGCACACACACAUAUACACUCAUGAGACUCACAGAUUCUCCUGAACUCAUCACCCACUCAUCUGUGCAGUGAGAGGAGGAGGGAGACGGUGACAGUUAACAGGCCUGAAACUUUGAGGUAGGCUUCUGCUCUGCAGGCGUCAUCAUCUCACCAAUCACAUCCAUUGAUCUCUGUGAUCCAUUAUCCUCCUGCUUCUCUCCGCUGCUUCACACUGGAGAGAAAAAAGUGAGGAUGAUGGAGUUUGUUGCUCACCUGUAAAAAUGUCUGUGUUCAUGUUAGAGUCCGACCGAUAGAGCAGCUGAUUUUAUUCACCAGGGCAGAAGUGAUUAUUUAGAAAUGUAUCCACUGGAGCAUACUAACAAUUUUAUAUACGGCUGCAUCUGAGGAUGAGUUUUAUUAUCAAUCAGCUGUUUUUUAUUUGUUUUUGAUUGAUCAGUAAUGUCAGAAAAUAGUGGAAACUUCCGUCACGUGUCCCAAACCCAAACCCAUUCAGUUCACCUUCAUAUGUGGCAAAGAAAAGCAGCAAAUCAUCACAUCUGAGAAGCUGAAAUCUGAGAAUGAUUGACGUUAAUUGAUUAUCAAAAUAUUAAUUGAUUGACAGAAAAUACUUUUUUGUUGGCUAAUUAUUUUAGCUCUAGUAAAAUGUCUCGCUCGUCACAAUUUAAUCAUCAAAUGUAAUGGAUCUUUAUUAAAAUGUUUCAUCAGUAUCGAUCGGAAUCUAACUCCCUGAUCACUGACAGUCUGGUGGUUGUGAUGUGAUGACAGAUUUGUAGUUUUAAAAGAAGAUCCUUCACUGAUAGUUACUUGGAUUUGCAAUUUAAUCUGCCAUAAAAAAGAUGUAUUUUAUUCUUGUCUGGAUGUUAACAUCUAAAACACCAUGAAAACCUCAAGACACAACAAAACUGCUGAAGUCACAACAUGUUCCUCUUAAGAUUUCUAUUAUUCAACAUAAAACUCAGUCAGCUUUAGAUUUGUAGGACAUUAUUUUCUCUUUGGAAGGAGGUAGGCUAGCAGUUUCCCUUUGCUUCCAGUCUUUGUUCUAAGCGAGGCUAAAAAAUGAACUGUGUCAUAUUUCUGUACUGAACACAGAGAUGAAACUGAUCAAAAAAUCUGACUCUGGUAAAGAGCGAAAACGAGUAUUACGGAAAAAUGUAUUAACAGACAGCAGCAGGAUUCAAAGACAAGCGAGCGAUUAUCUACCAGAGUUUAUACUUUAUAUAUCUGCUCAGACUGACUUUUCUCAUCAGGCCACUUUACCUGUCGUUGUGUUUGGUUUUUAUCAGGGUGUGGAAGUGGUCGUUGUGGUGACAGUGUUGACGGCAUUUAAAGCUUUGUGUCAAUGUCGGAGUGAAUGUUGGACUUUGUGGUCACGUUGAGAUGUUGUUGAGAUGGUAGUUUGGCAAAUCUGGCAGCCAGGAUUCAAGAAAUACUGAGGUCGUGAAUCCAAGUCAGUCUCAGUGCAACCAAAAAUAAAUUCUUGGGUUUUGAUUAUUUGGAUUUUUUCCUUUUUAUUUAAUCACCUAUUCAAUUACUGUUUAUAUUUUAUGUGUAGUUUAUUCCCCCAAUAUUGUUUAAAAGCUUUCUAUUUGGCGUAGAUGGAGUCAAAUUAUUUCUUCGGUCCAGAUUGUAAAUAUCUUAACAGCUAUUUAAUACAUUUACGUUAAAUUUUGUACAAAUGUUCCCCAGAGGAUAAAUCUUUACGACUCAAGUGAUCCUCCGACUUUACAUCUGUCUCCAUCAAUAGGUUCACAUUUGUAGUUUUGAGUGAAAUGUUUCAACAUCUGUUGGAUGGAUUGUCAUGCAAUUUGCCACAAGCAUUACUUUCCCCUGAAUAAUUGAUCAUAAUCACUUCAGUGAUCGGUGGCUGCCAUCAUAAGGUCAUUUUUUGUGUAUUUUAUGCAGAAAUAUCUGCAAAACUAACUGUGUUCCAUCAGCCUCAGCUGUACUUUGUGUUUAGUGCUAAUUAGCAAAUGUUAUGUAACUAAGAUGGUGAACAUGAUGAAUAUUAAUACCUGCUAAACGUCAGCAUUUUAGCAUUGUGGUAAUGUUAACAUGCCGGUGUUAGCGUUUAGCUCAGAGCUCUGGUACAUGACUGUAGACUCUCAGUGGUGUUUAAAUGUAGAGAGGACACGACCUCAGUGUCUUCUGUCGUCCUGUCUGACAGAUUCUGAGCCUCAGCAGUGAUUUGUUUGUGAGCCAAAAUAAAACUUCCUGUGCUUCCC